UAGUAUUAGAAGAAGACAAGAUGCAGGAUUUUUCCGAAGAGGUACUAAUUUUUUUUCAAGCAAUAUAUGGUUUAUUUUAGCUAACAAAAUCAAGACAGUUCGGUUCUUCAUCGACCUUAUAUAGGUAAAAUUAUAGAGCCGGAGUCCCAUACGAUUGGAGUAAGUUUUAUUAAAUUUUAAUCCCAGUUUAUAAAUUUUUUUUGCAUUAUUGAUAGACAUCGAGACAUUAUUAUAUAUAAAGAACAAUACAAUGGCAGAUCACGAAGACGACUUCCCAUCUCAUCUAGAGCAAACACAAGAACAAGAAGACUUAGAUAAUCCUUUAAGAGUCAUACUAGUGAUAAAUGUUCCAGAAGCAGAAAUAAAUAAUAAUGAAAGCUCUGGACCAGAUACUUCAAGUAAUGGAGAAAUGGAAGAAAGGUUAUUAGACAGUAUACAAAGCUUUGAAGAUAUGAAUACAUUCUUUGAUGAUUUUGAUGAUAUAAUAGCGUAUCCAAAUGAAGGUCAUAUUAAAUAUGAAGUUGGUAGUGAUGGGUUAGUAAUUAUUGUUGUAGAUAAUGUUACAUUAAGAGAUAAAGUCUUGGAAUUUAUGGAUAAGUAUACUACCCAAGGUAAAACUGAUGAUAAAGAAGCUGAAUCUGAGAAGCCACUGAAGAAAGUAAAGGUGUAAUGAAUGUAAUAGUGAGUUAUAAACUUUGUUAUUAUGAUUAAUUUAUGUAUAUUAGACAAUCAAUACAUUACGAGAACGAUCUCGAGAUAAUAAUUAUAUAGAGAGAAACAGGAAUCUCUAUGUAGAUGAGCUUUAUGUUACUUUAUUUAAUUGUGAAAUAAGUUAUAUCUCAUAUAUAUGCCUAGUUAAGCUCUAGAUAUUCUCUAGAUAUGCUCUAGAUAUGCUCUAGAUAUGCUAUACUUGAUAUCUACUUGAUAUCUACAUACUAUAAAUUUGUGAGCA